AUGGGGAAUAGGCAGAAUUGGCGGAAAGAGGAAUCAACGGAAUGCGGGGAAGACAGAGAAGAUGCGCAGUGGGGAACUGGGGGCACGUGGGCGAAUUGCGUCAAGGAGUCUAGGGGAGGGAGCAAGUGGGGGCAAGGCGGGGUCGAGGCGCGGAAGAAUCCGCCUGGGGGAGCGCACCUGCACCGUGGAGCGAGUAGCGAAGUCAUCACUAACGGGUCCACGGCACAUGAGAGCAUUCAACUCCAUCAUCACUCAACAUCCGCCCUCGCCGCGUUUGUCGCCCGCAUUCCGCCCGCCGCGCUUCCCCUCGCCCGCGCGCACCAGCUUUGCGCGCCUCUCAUUCCGCCAUGCAUUUCGCCUCCCCCAUAUCUCCACUCCGCCCUGCUACCGCCGCUCUCCGCCAUCCCCGCGAGUCCGCUCUGCCGUCGCUGCACUCCGCUCGCCCCUCUCCGCGGGGCGGCCAGGCGGCGCGAAAUCGCGCUGAGGGCGCAGGCGGCGGCAGGCGCGGAUGAGGGGAAGGAGUCGAGGGGCGGGGGCGUGGGCAAGCGAAGCGGCGGCGGGGUGAAGCGCGUGGUAGUUCUGGGCGGGAGCGGCCGCGUGGGGAGGUCGACGGCCGUGGCGCUGGCGGCGCUGGCGGCGUCCGACGAUGAGGCGACGCGCGCGGGGUUCCAACUGGAGCUGAUCAUCAGCGGGCGCAACAGGUGCGCGCCCGCCCGGAAUGGCGCACUCCUUGCGCGGAGCACCACCGUUGCUGCUUCAUCGCUGCGUCGGGGGCGGCAGGGAGUGCAACAUUUGCUGCGUGAGUGUGACAUCACCGACGCCUCUGCACUUGACGCGCUCCUCUCAGGAGCUGACUUGGUGGUGCGCUAUGCAGGGCCCUUCCAGCAAGAACCGCACUGCACAGUUUUGGAAGCCGCCAUCCGCACCAAGACGCCCUACGUGGCUGUGUGUGACGACGUGGCGAUCGCUGGCAACGCACUCUCGCUGCAUCUACUCGGCAGCGAUGACAUGGGGAGUAGCGAUGACAUGGGGAGUAGCGAUGACAUGGGGAGUAGCGAUGACAUGGGGAGUAGCGAUGACAUGGGGAGUAGCGAUGACAUGGGGAGUAGCGAUGACAUGGGGAGUAGCGAUGACAUGGGGAGUAGCGAUGACAUGGGGAGUAGCGAUGACAUGGGGAGUAGCGAUGACAUGGGGAGUUGUAGGGACAUGGACCACGGGUUCGCGCCGUGCCACUGGAUGGAGGGCGUCAUGCGCGUCCCCCCACCCUACACCUGCUGCCUUUCGCGCAAAUCUGCUGGCGCCGCCUCGCCCCUUUCACCGCCCCCGCCGCACCUGCACUGCACGCGCCUCUUUCUUGCACGGCCCACGGAUGAUGACAUGUGGGAUGAUGACAUGUGGGAUGAUGACAUGUGGGAUGAUGGCAUGUGGGAUGAUGGCAUGUGGGAUGAUGGCAUGUGGGAUGAUGGCAUGUGGGAUGAUGGCAUGUGGGAUGAUGACAUGUGGGAUGAUGACAUGUGGGAUGAUGGCAUGUGGGAUGAUGGCAUGUGGGAUGAUGGCAUGUGGGAUGAUGACAUGUGGGAUGAUGGCAUGUGGGAUGAUGACAUGUGGGAUGAUGACAUGUGGGAUGAUGACAUGUGGGAUGAUGGCAUGUGGGAUGAUGGCAUGUGGGAUGAUGGCAUGUGGGAUGAUGACAUGUGGAAUGAUGGCAUGUGGGAUGAUGGCAUGUGGGAUGAUGGCAUGUGGGAUGAUGACAUGUGGGAUGAUGACAUGUGGGAUGAUGGCAUGUGGGAUGAUGGCAUGUGGGAUGAUGACAUGUGGGAUGAUGGCAUGUGGGAUGAUGACAUGUGGGAUGAUGACAUGUGGGAUGAUGACAUGUGGGAUGAUGGCAUGUGGGAUGAUGGCAUGUGGGAUGAUGGCAUGUGGGAUGAUGACAUGUGGAAUGAUGGCAUGUGGGAUGAUGGCAUGUGGGAUGAUGGCAUGUGGGAUGAUGGCAUGUGGGAUGAUGGCAUGUGGGAUGAUGGCAUGUGGGAUGAUGGCAUGUGGGAUGAUGACAUGUGGGAUGAUGGCAUGUGGGAUGAUGACAUGUGGGAUGAUGGCAUGUGGGAUGAUGACAUGUGGGAUGAUGGCAUGUGGGAUGAUGGCAUGUGGGAUGAUGGCAUGUGGGAUGAUGGCAUGUGGGAUGAUGGCAUGUGGGAUGAUGACAUGUGGGAUGAUGGCAUGUGGGAUGAUGACAUGUGGGAUGAUGGCAUGUGGGAUGAUGACAUGUGGGAUGAUGGCAUGUGGGAUGAUGGCAUGUGGGAUGAUGGCAUGUGGGAUGAUGGCAUGUGGGAUGAUGACAUGUGGGAUGAUGACAUGUGGGAUGAUGACAUGUGGGAUGAUGACAUGUGGGAUGAUGGCAUGUGGGAUGAUGGCAUGUGGGAUGAUGGCAUGUGGGAUGAUGACAUGUGGGAUGAUGACAUGUGGGAUGAUGACAUGUGGGAUGAUGACAUGUGGGAUGAUGACAUGUGGCACAUGCAGUGCGCGUGCAAACCGCCCCUUCUCUCGCUUCCUGCCACCUGCGUCGCCGUUCCUGCUGUCGUGUCUCCCACCGCAGCGCCCAUGCAGUGCCCAAACGUGAUAGACAGGUUCGGUGGCGUGAGAGAGGAUUUGUCGGCGGAGCAACCGCUAGGGUUUCCUGUGAGCGGCAACGGGUGUGAGGAUGGAGGCAUGCGUUACGAUGACAUGGGCGGGGAUGACGCGGGCGAUUGGCUGUCGCGCAGCUGCGGGCGCAAGGACCGGCGCAUCAAGGCGCGGAGCAUGGCGGAGAGGCAGAGGCACGAGAGGAUCAGCAAGGGGCUGCAGAAGCUGCGGAUGGAGGUGCGCGGCCAAUGGCCAUGGGAACACGGCCAACAUGCUUGA